UGUUUAUGGAGAGUUGGCUGAUCAAUAUAAAUUCCAUGAAGAGAGGGAUUGUGGACAUAUGGCAACAAUGAGAUUGAAGGAGAUGCAGAAGCAACUGACCAGACUGACCGUGCUGUUAGUGAUGGCUUUAACUGCCGCCAGCCAAGCCCAGCCCGGCUGCCCGGACUCCUGCGGAAGUGUUUCAUCGAUUCCGUAUCCAUUCGGCAUCGGCACUUCUUCCGUCAACGGUGAAAACUGUUUUCUGGAGAAAGAUUUGAAUCUCACAUGCACAGACUCAACCUUAUAUCGCGGUCAAGGUAACGUCCAAAUUCUCAACAUAAGCCUCGCCGGUAAAAUCGACAUGCUCGUCCACAUCUCCAAGGUCUGCAAAAACGAAUUGUUGGGUGGAGUAAAAACACAAGGUAACCUUCCCAGUCUCAGAACACCGGCUUUCGCCAUUUCUAGUGAGGACAACAAGUUCGUAACCGUAGGCUGCGACACCUAUGGCUAUCUCAACACUUUCCGCAACGGCACACAAUCUUCAACGGGGUGUUUAACCAGAUGCGACAGCAUAGAGAGCGUCCAAAGCAGGCAGAGAAGCGGAAACUGCACCGGCAUAGGGUGUUGCCAGGUCGACAUUCCUCCUGGCAUGAAGAACAUCAGUUUCCAAGCUUCCACUUUCAAAAAUUUCAAUUCCACUUCUGACAUUCCGGAGUGUACAAAUAACGAACACACCUGCGAUAGUAAAGAUCAUUGUCGUGAAACUCUUGGCUCUUUUGAAUGUUUCUGUCCUGACGGACUUAUUGGAGAUGGAACAAGAGAAGGCGGUGGAUGCCACACAAGGCAGAAGGCUGAUGCAUUUACGAAGAUCAUCAUUGGUGCAGGGGUAGGAUUAAUUGCUCUAUUCAUAGGAAUUUUUUGGUUGUACUUGAUAUACGAGAAAAGGAAAGUCUUCAAAUUGAAGCAGAAGUUUUUUCAACAGAACGGAGGCAUUAUUCUUAGGCAACAACUCUCCACAAGAGAAGACUCAUCUCAUACCACUACGAUUUUCAAUGCUGAAGAACUUAAGAAAGCCACCAACAACUUUGAUGAGAGCUUAAUCAUAGGUAAAGGAGGUUAUGGUACAGUUUUCAAAGGAGUUCUAUCAAAUAACAAAGUUGUAGCUAUCAAAAAGUCCAAAAUAGUGGAUCAGAGCCAGGUACAACAAUUCAUAAAUGAGGUCAUUAUAUUGUCACAAAUUAAUCACAGGAAUGUGGUCAAACUCUUGGGAUGUUGUUUAGAGACAGAAGUUCCUUUAUUGGUCUAUGAAUUUGUUAACAAUGGCACCCUUUUCGAUUAUUUACAUAAUCAAGGCCAUAGGGUUAACGUGUCAUGGAAAAUGCGUCUAAGGAUAGCUACAGAAGCAGUUGCAGCUCUGUCAUAUCUGCACUCAGCAGCUUCCAUACCCAUCAGAGACGUGAAGACUUCUAACAUACUCUUAGAUGACAAUUACACUGCCAAAGUCUCUGAUUUUGGAGCUUCAAGAUUGGUUCCAAUUGAGCAAACUGAGAUAGCCACAAUUGUGCAAGGGACCUUUGGGUAUUUAGACCCAGAGUACAUGCAAUCAAGCCAGUUGACAGAAAAGAGUGAUGUUUAUAGUUUUGGGGUAGUGCUUGUAGAACUUCUUACAAGGGAGAAACCUUUCUCUUUUGACAAGACAGAAGAGAAACGAAGUCUUACAGUUCACUUUCUUUGUAGCUUGAAAGAGGAUCGUCUGUUUGAUGUUCUUCAGGUGGGUCUUUUGGAUGAAGAAAACCAACAAGAAAUUAUGGAGGUUGCUAUUCUUGCUGCCAGAUGCUUGAGACUUAUAGGGGAGGAAAGACCUAGCAUGAAGGAAGUGACAAUGGAACUAGAGGGAAUACAACUUACAAAGAAACACCUUUGGAUCAAUACAGGCAAAAACUUUGAGGAGAGUCAAUACUUGCUUCAUGAGACACAAAGCUCUUAUGAACAUGGUGAUAGUAGUGGCCAACAAAAUAUUGAAUAUGAUAGCUUGAGAGAACAUGAAUUAAUUGACUUUGGUAAUGGAAGAUGAUCAACUAUUGCGAUCAAUUAUGUCUUUAUAUUGUUCAUUGUAAUUUAUGCUGGAGUUUUUAGGAUUACAAGUGUAUUGUAAUGUGUGUAUAUAAACACACAAACUCUUAUAUGAACAAUCAAGUCAAAUUUUUACGCUUUUC